UGUGUAAAUGUGAGUCUAUUUCUGGCUUCUCUAUUCUGUAUCAUCGAUCUGUUUGUCUCUUCUUACAUUCUUCUUACCUGUCCUGAUUACUGUAAUUUUAUAGUUUUUCAAGACAAUAAGUCUUGAAAUUAGAUAAUGUAUCUCCUUCAACUUUGCAAUUUGGUAUCAAGAAUUUCACAACUUCUCAUACAGUUGAUUUCUGUAUACCGUAACCCUUGAAUCUUUCAAUUUCAGGUAUGCUUUUAAUUUUGAUUAACAGCUUUGUUAGAAUGUAUAAAAAUGCAGAUGCUAUACAAUUCAUCCCCUUAAAGUACAUGGUUCAAUGGUUUUAAUUUUUUUAAUGUUUCGGCUGCGUCGAGUCUUACUUAUGGCACACGGGGACUCUGUUGUGGCGUGGGGGCUUCUCUCUAGUUGUGCUCACCAGCUGGGUAGUUGUAUGUGGGCUCGGUUGCCCUGCUGCAUGUGGGAUCUUUGUUCCCUGACCAGGGAUCAGACCCGCAUCCCCUGAUUGGAAGGUGGAUUCUUUUUUUUUUUUAAUGUUUCACAUACUUACCACUGAGCAAACGGAUCCCUAGUGCGGAAACGCCCACAGCCAAACAUUCCAUUUCUCCCAUAAAAUACUUGUGAGUUGUUCAGACAGUGGUGAUGUUCUCAUUGCCUUGAUUCCCUUAAGAUGCACGUGAACUUGACACAGCAUAAAUGUUUGCCACUUCAUAUGUGAGACUCCUUAUAUCCCCAGCUUGGAUCUUCUCCUGCGUCCUCUCUUGGAGCUUUGCCUGAUUUUAUUACUAGUUUUCAUUUGAAUCCACUAGGGAAUGGGAUGAUUGUUUUUGUUUCCUGGCCAGAAAUCGCCUGUCUUGUGAGAAGACAUAGCGAGGAGCAAAUUUAACUGAACAUAAGAUAGGAUGGCAGAGAAAAGACCGAAAGGUGGAUUCUUAACCACUGGAUCACCAGAACAGCCAUGGCUCCAAAGCGCAAGCUCCAAGUGCAGCAUGAGGGUCCUGAGAAGAAGGGACGACAGGUGGCAGAAGAGGAGGACAGUUUCCGUUCCACUGCUGAGGCCCUCAAGGCCGCGCCCACAGAGAAGUGCAUAGCCCGAGUGGACCCCUCAUGUCCACUCAGCUGCAACCCUGGAACCCAGGUGCAUGAAGACUACGACUGUACCCUGAACCAAACCAACAUUGGGAACAACAACAACAAGUUCUACAUCAUCCAACUGCUGGAAGAAGGUGACUGCUUCUUCUGCUGGAACCGCUGGGGACGCGUGGGAGAGGCUGGCCAGUCCAAGCUCAGCCGCUUCGUGUCACUGGAGGAUGCAAAGAAGGACUUUGAGAAGAAAUUUCGGGACAAGACCAAGAACAGCUGGGCAGAGCGGGACCACUUUGUGGCCCACCCCGGCAAGUAUACACUUAUCGAAGUGCAGAGAGAGGACGAGGCCCAGGAAGUCAUGGUGAAGGUGGACGGAGGCCAAGUGAGGGCCGUGGUUCAGCAGGUGCGGCCCUGCUCCUUGGAUGCAGCCACACAGAAGCUCAUCACCAACAUCUUCAGCAAGGACAUGUUUCAGAAUGCCAUGGCCCUCAUGAACCUGGAUGUGAAGAAGAUGCCACUGGGGAAGUUGAGCAAGCAGCAGAUCGCCCGGGGGUUCGAGGCCUUGGAGGCAGUGGAGGCAGCCCUGAAAGCCCCCGCAGACGGUGGGCGCAGCCUAGAGGAACUGUCCUCCCACUUCUAUACCGUCAUUCCCCACAACUUCGGCCGCAGCCGGCCCCCGCCCAUCAACUCCCCUGAGCUUCUACAGGCCAAGAAGGACAUGUUGCUGGUGCUGGCGGACAUCGAGCUGGCACAGACCCUGCAGGCAGCCCCCGAGGAGACAAAGAAAGUGGAGGAGGUGCCUCACCCACUGGACCGAGAUUACCAGCUCCUCAAGUGCCAGCUCCAGCUGCUGGACCCAGAGAUGCCUGAGUACAAGGUGAUACAUGCCUACUUAAAACAGACUAGCAACAGCUGCAGGCCCCCUGCUCUUCAACACGUUUGGAAAGUGGACCGAGAAGGGGAGGGAGAUCGGUUCCAGGUCCACGCCAAGCUGGGUAAUCGGAAGCUACUGUGGCAUGGCACCAACGUGGCCGUGGUGGCUGCCAUCCUCACCAGUGGGCUCCGCAUUAUGCCACAUUCUGGAGGCCGUGUUGGCAAGGGCAUCUACUUCGCCUCAGAGAACCGCAAGUCGGCUGGCUAUGUUACUGGCAUGUCCUGCGGGGCCCAUCACAUUGGCUACAUGUUCCUGGGUGAGGUGGCACUGGGCAGAGAGUACCACAUCACCAUCGACGAGCCCAGCUUGAAGCAGCCACCCUCUGGCUUUGACAGUGUCAUUGCCCGUGGCCACACAGAGCCUGAUCCAACCCAGGACACUGAGCUGGAGCUAGAUGGCCAGCGAGUAGUGGUGCCCCAGGGCCCGCCCAUGCUCUGCCCAGAGUUCAGAAGCCCCAGCUUUUCCCAGAGCGAAUAUCUCAUCUACCAGGAGAGCCAGUGCCGCCUGCGCUACCUGCUAGAGAUUCACCUCUGAGCUGUCCGCCCAACCCUCCCGCCCCCUGCCAGGAGCUCGACCAUCAUCCUCAAUCCCAUAUCCACUUCCUGCUCUCACAUCUCCCUCCUGUGUUCCAGUGAUCCCCUCUCCGUUGGUUCUGGCAUGGCUGUGGCCUCAGUCUCACCUCCUAAGGUGAUAGGUGUGAUGGACUGCAACACGAAUGCAGCAGCCUAUUCAAGGCUAUGUAGUUAGAGGGGCACAAACUGAAAGUGGGUGGGUCCCACAUCCACCCAGGCCAUCUACUCUGACCUAACUGUCCAUCCAAGAGAGGUGAGAUGAUGAAUUUCCCUGGCGGUCCAGUGGUUAAGACUAUGCUUUCACUGCAGGGUGCACAGGUUCGACCCCUGGUUGGAGAACUAAGAUCCCACAAGAUGUGUGACAAAAAAUAAAUGAAUAAACAAGAGAGGUAGGCUGCACGUCAGGCAUGCACAGGCAAGUUUAUUAAACAUUAUAUUGGCAUACUCCCUGGCCUCUGCUUGUCUGUGCCAUAGCUGCACCAGGCCCGGGCCUCCUUGCUCUCCAGGGCAACUCGCCACACCGCACAGCAUUUCCAGCCCCACUCCAGGGAGUGACCAUUCACACUCACAGUCAUACACACACUCCCACCCACUGUGGUCACAGUCUAUGUUGGUCCUUACAACAACUGUCCUCCUCUGAUCAUUGAGCCUCUGAAAGGGACCCUUCCCAUCCACCCAGAGCUGUUAGUCAUGUGGGGACCCAUCUGGUGAUUCUUCAGUCCAGACAUAGCCAGGCAAAUCAAGCAUUUCCCGUGUCUUGCCACCAAACACCCAUGUGUGUCCUUUAUCUAUUAUAAAUGAGUUGAGAAUAUUUGUGAGGGGUUCAACUCUGCUGUCAUGAAAGGAAUGGUAAUUAUCACCCCAGGUUACUCUGUCCACAAACGAGGGGAGCAGACACUAGACAGCAGGUCAGGAUCCAGUGCUGGGUCAUACCUGCAUUUUUCUUUGGUUUCCUUUAAUCUGAAACCAUUUUUGAGCCUUUUCUUUUCCCUCCAUAACUUUUGACACUGUUGACACUCCUAAAGAGUACAGGUCAGUUGUCUUAUAGACUCUCUCAGUUCACGUUUGUCUGAUAUUUUUGCAAUAAUUAGAGUCAGGCAUUGCAGUUUGGCAGGAACAUCACGUGAAUGAUAUGUCCUUCGUGUACUAUAUCAGGGGGGACAUAUCCCAUCCUUGGGUAACUUUGAUUGCUCAAAGUUGUGUCCACCAGGUUGUUCCACUAGGAAGUUAUCAUUUCCCCCAUUUGUAAUUGAUCAGUAAUCUGUGGGGAAAUAUUUUGAGGUGUAAAUGUCCCAUUCCUUAUCAACUUUCACCUGCUAGCUUUUACAUACAUUUAGUGAUGAUUUUUACCUGAAAUUGAUGAUUUUAAUGAAUUUUUGCUAAGAUGGUUGCAAAUUUUUAUCUAAUUCCAUCAUUUCUUCUGUAUUUAUUAAUAACAGUCACCUUUCUUUCCUUAUUAUCAGUAUGGACCUGUGGGUUCCGAUUAUAUUCAGUGGGUUCCAAUCCAUUAUGGUUACUGUUUUGAUCCUCAGAUUGUCCCUGCUUUGGCCAGCAGAAGGUCCUUCAGGCUAACUUCUGUGUCUACACCAUUUUGUGAGCACUUCCCUAUGUUCUGGUUAUCACAAGAUGUUCCAGGCUCAUCUUGUACAAACCUAGAAUCAGCCAUUUCUCCACAGGGGUUCCCUAGAGCAGGGGAUGAUAUUGAGAAUCCAAGAUCUGGGCAGAGGUAUGCUCUAUGAAAUUGCGUGUCAUUGCUUUUAAGUCCUGGUAGCAAAGAGGACUAAGAAAUAUGUACAUGUAAAUAAACAUAUCUCACUCUGUUUCUCCAA